GAUGGUAUCAUACUUUUCUGCGUCACAGGUGACUGAUCAUCAGCAACUAUCCUACCUUUUUGACGGCGGAAGAACCUCGGUCCCCUUGCAAAAUAACUCAUUUUCAGGAUGGAACAGAAGUUAACACAGACUUGAGUUUAUUUGGGUCCUCCUCGUCACAGAGCAGGACAAAAUACAAUGAAACAAGGUCGGAUAAUCUACGGUGACAAGAAGAUACCUCAAUAGAGCGCAAAAAGGGGCGAGCGCAAUGAAGUACAGCAACGCGCGAAGGUAAAAAAGUUAGUUUUUUAGUGUUGAAAGAAGAGACUGGAAGUGAGCGUCAAAUGUGAUCUGUAAGCGUAGAGCACACCUAAUAUACAGAUCAAAGUUUAAAAGCUGUGAUUCAAGAACGAAGAUCUGACAGGUCGGCCAGUCAUGGCUUCAGAAGAAUCCAUCGGUUUAGCGCAAUCUGCUGCUGUGAAAUUAUCAGAAAUGGGGGAAAGAACUAAGCAUUUGGGCAAUGCCAUACAAGACCCCGAGCGGCAAAGGAGAAUAAUAUUAGUUAUUGUUUGCGUUGCUCUGUUAUUGGACAACAUGCUGUACAUGGUGAUAGUACCAAUUAUACCCGAUUAUCUUGUAAGUCUCGAGCAAAAGGCAGAGCACGCCCAUGCAGUUUUGCAUAUGAAUAACUCAAACAGCACGGCACACAUCGGAAAAGAAAACUUUGAUGUGGAAAUCGGUGUACUCUUUGCUUCCAAAGCCAUUUUGCAACUUCUAGUCAAUCCACUCACAGGAACCUUUAUUGACCGUGUCGGGUAUGACAUUCCACUCCUAAUUGGACUUACGAUCAUGUUCCUAUCCACCUGUAUAUUUGCUUUCGCUGAAAACUAUGGAACUUUGUUUGCAGCACGUAGUCUGCAAGGUUUGGGAUCUGCAUUUGCAGACACUUCCGGAAUUGCCAUGAUUGCUGAUAAGUAUACGGAGGAGGGAGAGAGGAGUCGUGCCCUGGGCAUUGCCCUUGCAUUCAUAUCUUUUGGGAGUCUAGUGGCGCCCCCCUUUGGAGGUAUACUUUACGAGUUUGCAGGGAAGCGGGUCCCAUUCCUUGUCCUUGCCUGCAUUUGUUUUGCCGAUGGUAUUUUGUGUCUGACUGUCCUGAAGCCUUUUUCAAACAAUACUCGAGAGAACAUGCCAAUAGGCACUCCCAUUUACAAACUCAUGAUUGAUCCCUACAUAGCAGUUGUUGCAGGGGCGCUGACAACCUGUAACAUCCCCUUGGCCUUCCUGGAACCCACCAUCGCGAAUUGGAUGGAGGAAACCAUGAAUUCUACUCAGUGGGAAAUUGGACUAACUUGGUUACCAGCGUUUUUCCCACAUGUUCUUGGUGUAUACCUUACUGUGAAAUUAGCAGCUCAAUACCCUCAUUUACAAUGGUUCUAUGGGGCACUAGGAAUGGUUAUCAUUGGUGCAAGUUCCUGCACUGUGCCAGCUUGCAAAACAUUUGGACAGCUCAUCUGGCCAUUGUGUGGUAUAUGUUUUGGUAUUGCAUUGGUAGAUACAGCUUUGUUGCCAACACUUGCGUUUCUUGUAGAUGUGCGUCACGUGUCUGUGUAUGGAAGUGUGUAUGCUAUUGCAGAUAUAUCCUAUUGUGUGGCCUAUGCUCUCGGGCCAAUAGUUGCAGGUCAGAUAGUACACAACCUAGGCUUUGUCCAGUUAAAUCUGGGAAUGGGACUUGCCAAUGUUCUUUACGCACCGGCCCUACUGCUGUUGCGCAAUGUGUGCUUAAUGAAACCGUCCCAUUCAGAGAGAAAUAUGCUAUUAGAAGAGGGAGCCACAGGUCUUUACGACACUAUAAAAAUGGAAGAGCGGCAUAACAAGGGGAAAAUUCUCAGUUCAGCGGGGAACUGUGUAUCAGUUGAUGAAAAUGGCACCUUUGCGCAACCGAGAGGAUAUUCUGAAGAGGAAACAUCUGAACCAGAAUAUAUUUAACACGCCAUGGCACCAACGGUAUGGUCGUGCAGCCUCUCCCAUUCCUCUCCCAUUAGACAGACUGAGAGUACCUUCAGUGUGAUGCAUACAUAUUCUUACCCCCCAAUUACUGAUUAUGUAACUCGUUUAAGGUUACUUUCUCUGUUUCUUACAGAAUUAUUCCAUUAACCCACCCGUCUUUUCAGACUAAUUAAAACUGUAAACGCAAUGCUGGACAUCUCUGUUAAAUUAAUGUUCUAUCUCUGUAUUACUUGCUUGUUCAAAAUCAUAUUCAGGGAUGUAUACGGUGUUGCACAUGUCGAAAUUAUAUUGCUCGUUUUUCAGUGUAACAUUCAGUAGACCGGCCCACCCUUUGCUCUGUUUGUGCUGCUAUGACUUUUAUGCACUGUCACACGACACUUUCUCGAAAAACGGAUUGAACUGAAUCCCAAGUUGCAUUGUCUGUUGUCUGGAUUUGGUGAGAAUCAAU